AUGUCUUCUAGUUCAGAAUUUGAAAAUCAUACUGAAAACUUGCCUUUAAUCAAUACUCCAUUUGAAAUUAAUUUGGAUGCUCGGUUAUCUUCCAUGUCUAUUGCAGUUCAUUUUGUUGAACAAUAUACUUGA